AUGGAUCAGGUGAUUGCACGAGCAAGGGCGCUCCUCCAGACGUCCCAGGAGACAAAAGCAAUGGAGCUCUUGGCUCCGGAAGUGGCCAAGCAUCAGGACAAUCCUCGGCUCCUCGAGGUGUUUGGAGAGUGUCUUCUAGAAGCCAACGACGUGGAGUCGGCUUACAAUGUGUUGGAAAAGGCGGUAUCUUUGGAUCCUGAAGGAGCUCAGGGUGUCGACAAAUUCUUAUAUUUGGGCCAGAUCAUUGGCGGUGCCGACGGUAUCGGGUAUGUGAACAUCGCUUUGAGUAAGCUCCAAGACCAGCUCCAGAAGGUGGUGGAUAACCUGGGUUCUGACGACACAGUGCUCGUGGAGUUAGCAAAGUUGUACCCCUCCCUGGAGGACUUGGCCGGACAUCUCAUCAAGAAGUUGAACCAGGGAAUAUUUGCCGAGAUUGAAGUCUGGAUGACUGACUUGUGCAUGGAGCCUGAGGCUGAGGAGCAAUGUGACAAGUUGAUCUCCCACUCCUUGAGUCUUGACGAGUCCAACCCUGAGGCAUUGUCGCUUUUGGCUUCGAUCAGGAUCUCUCAACAGAAGAACGACGAGGCUAGGGAGGCAUUGCUUCGUUCGUGGGAGUUGUUUCAAGAAAGAAAAGCUGCCUUGGAGCAAGAGGCCAAAGAUGCCCACGAUGCUUCUCUUGAAUACGUCGAACUAGUGCAACCAUUACUUGGUCUUGCUAGAUUUGCUAUCGAGCUCGAGAUGUACGAUACUGCUCCGUCAAUUGCUGCUGCUGUCUCUGAAAUCAAUGACAAUGCUCUUGAUGCAUUUUACUACGAAGCUUUGUCCCAUCUUCUUCGGGCGAAGCAGAUCUACGGUGAGGCCAACCCAGGCUCGGUUCCCAAAGAUAGCGACUACAGAGAGAUCGAGUUGGAAGAAGUCAAGGCAUCCACAGACGAAAACGUGCAGUCUUCUCUUCAUGAAGCACGCUCUGGACUCACUCAAGGUUACAGGGUGUUGAACAGUGCGGCUGCUGAAGCAAUGGAUCCCGAUGUGGCUGGCCAGGUCUCCGAGCUUUUGACUGCUUUGGGAGGACCCAUUAUGGCUGACUUGUUGCCCGAGAAAAGAAACGACGACGACGAUGACGACGGAUGGGAGGACGAGAUUGAAAGCGGUGAAGAGUAG